AGCCAUUUCGGCUUCAGUUUUGUCGGGGCCUGGGGCGCGUGGAGGGUCGCUCGGGACGGGGCGCGCCCAGGGGGGGCGGGCCCAGCUUCGGCGGCAUGGCGGACCCCGCUCAGGUUGCGCAGAUGGGGCAGCUGCUGGCGCAGACCGUGAGCGGCAACACGCAGGCCAUGCAGUCCGCGGAGCAGCAGCUGAGGGCCGCGGAGAUCACGCCAGGCUUCGGUCUGAUAUUGCUGCAGAUGCUGCAGGGCGCAAACAUCGACCCCUCUGUCAGGCAAGCUGGUGCAAUCUAUUUCAAAAACUACAUCCGGCGGCAGUGGCCCGUGGAAGGCGUGGCCGGCGCGGGCGUCUCCGCUUCCGACAGGCAGGCCAUCAAGCAGCACUUGCUGUCCCUGAUGCUGCAGGCGCCGAAGCCCGUCCAGGUCCAGCUCUCCGCCGGCCUGGAGGAGAUCUCGUUGACCGACUACCCAGGGGAGUGGCAGUCUCUGCUUCCAGAGAUGGUGCAGCACCUCAAGGCCUCCCAGGACAUCAACGUACUCAAGGGCGCAAUGCAGACCGCGCACACGGUAUUUCUUAAGUUUCGGUCGCAGUGCAGGAGCGAUGCAGUCUUGAAGGAGAUCAAAUACACGGUCUUGGGGUUCCAGGAAACGCACUUGGCAGUAUUCAAGGCGGCCUGCGAGCGGGUCCUCGCCCCGGGGCUCCCCGCGGAUCAGUUGGCCGCCCACGUCGACCUGCUCAUCAGCACCAUCGGUGUCUUCCAUUCGUUGAUCGUGGUUGACUUGCCAGAGUUCUUCGAGGAUCACAGUAAGGAUUACCUUCAGGUUUUCCUCGAGCUCCUCAAGUUCCAGCACGACGCUGUCGCUGGCAAGGGGGACCAGCAGGGCCCGCUGGAGCAGCUGAAGGGUGCUAUUUGCGAGUGCUUCGCGCUGUACACCGACAAGUACCAGGAGGAGUUCCAGCCGUUCCUCAUGCCGGUGGUCAAUGCGGUGUGGACGCUCCUCGUGGGGCUCACCCAGCAGGAGAUGAACGACCAGCUCGUGGGCAGUGGCAUUCGAUUCCUGUCAUCGGCAUCUGCAACGAAUUGGCCACAGCAGCAGUCGCCGUUCGCAGACCCUGCCGUGCUGUCUGGCAUCUGCGAGAAGGUGGUGUUCCCAAAUAUACUCCUCCGCGAUUCGGACAUCGAGCUGUUUGAGGACAACCCCUUGGAGUAUGUCCGAAGAGAUAUGGAGGCUGCCGACUUGGAGAGCAGGAGACGGAGUUCGAUGGAUUUGGUGAAGGCCAUGGGCACCCAUCACGAAGCCAAGGUCACCGAGAUUCUGAUCGGCUACGUCAAGGAGCUGAUGACGCGUGCCACGCAGGUGGCGCCAGAGCAGGCCGAGAGGUUCAAGGACGCGUGCAUCUACCUGUGCAUCGCCAUGGCGGUCCGCGGCCAGACGCAGCGAGACGGCGUGACCGUGACGAACGCGAACGUCAACGUGCUGGACUUCUUCAGCGGCCUCGUAGCGCCCGAGCUGCGCUCCGAGCAGCCCCUGUCGCAGCGCCCCGUCCUGCGGGCCUCCUGCCUGAAGUUCGUCACGGUCUUCCGGAACCAGCUGCCCCGCGAGCAGGUCGGCUCCGUGCUGGCGGCGAUCUGCGCCCACGUGAAGUCGCCGAGCCCCGUGGUGCACACCUACGCUGCAAUCUGCAUCGAGAAGCUGGUCACGGUGCGCGACCGCAGCGCCCCUGCGGGCCCGUCGGCGCUGCGAUACGACGCCGCGUCCAUGAAAGCCAGCUUGCUGGGCACCGUGGAGCCGAUGUUGCAGGUCAUCGCGCAGGCCCAGGGCAUCCAGCAGAACGAGUAUCUGAUGAGGGCGGUCGCUCGCAUCUUCUCGUUCCUGAAGCAGCAGGGCGCAGAAGCUGGUCUCGCGACGCUCCGGCCGCUGUCUUCGAUCCUGAUGGCCCACGCUGCGAACCCCAUGAACCCAGUGUUCAACCACAACCUCUUCGAGGCCAUCGCGUCGAUUGUGAGGGUCUGCGUGCCGGCUCAGCCGGACGCGGUCGAAGCCGUGCUCCUGCCAGCGUGCGGCCAGAUCCUGGAGAAGAACGUCGCGGACUUCCUGCCGUACACGUUCCAGAUCUUGGGCCUGCUGUUGGACGCGGCGCCGACCGUGAAGCCACUCUACCAGGAGCUGUUCGCGCGGCUGCUCGCUGUCGACCUGUGGCGCGCCCAGGCAAACGUCCCGGGUCUCAUCCGACUGUUCCGGGCGUAUUUCGCCAAGCACGCGACGUUCGCUCAGCUGCUGACCGCGCACAUGCAGAGCAUAUUCGAGCGGUUCCAGCUGGUCCUCUGCAACAGGAAGACGGAGAGCAGCGCGUUUGACCUCAUCAAUGCCAUGUACUUGAAUCUGCCUCUGGAGGCGUACCAGGGCUUCCUCAAGACCCUGCUGACAGUUAUCCUCACCAGGCUGCAGAGCAGCAAGUCGCCGAAGUUCCGGAAGGACUUCGCGGUCUCGAUGUCCCUGCUGGCCCAUAGGACGGCGCCUGCGGUGGUCCCAGGCCUGCUCGGGGAGAUCCAAGCGGGCCUGCUGGGCAACCUGCUGUCCACCGUCUGGCUGCCCGCGCUGAAGAUGUCCCUGCGUCUGGACGAGCGGAAGGUGUGCGCCAUGGGGCUCUUGAAGCUCACUGGGGUGCCGGAGGUGUCGCAGAACCCGCAGCUGCUCUCCGGCUGCUACAGCGCCUUCGUCGCGCUGCUGGGCCUGAACUCGGCCACGACCGCCAAGGACGCGGCCGAGGACGGCUCGGACAACGAGGGCGCCCCCGCGGACGGCGGCGCCGGGCUGGACUACGAGGUGUCCUUCAACAAGCUGAGGAACACCGACCUGCCCGGGGCCGCCGCCGGCCUCGCGCCGGACGUGCCCGACCUGCACGGCGCCGUGCGGGCGGCGCUGCAGGCGCAGAGGCCGGCCUUGGCGCAGCUAGCGCAGGCCAGCGCGGAGUUGCAGCCGCUGGCAGCCUUCGUGCAGUAGGAGCAGAGCUGCAGCUGCAGGUGGGUGCGCUCGCGGCCGCGGCCGCCUGGCCGCCGCCACGCCUGGCACGGCGGGGCCGACCCUCGCGGUGAGGCGGCCGCUGGCGGGCCGUGCGGACCUGAGAGGGUUCGGCUCGAGAGCGGGGCGCGCGCCGGGCGCCGCCGCCACCAGACUCAACGGGGUGGGGGGGGCGCGUCGGGCGCCGCCGCCACCCGAAGAGUCGCCCCGAGAGUCGUCCCCUCCUGCUCCUCCUGCUCCUCCUGCUCCUGCUCCUGCUCCGCC